AUCUUCCAGGUAGGGCCUACGCGUGGCUCUCGGGCGCUAGGUGUUCGACAGACUUGAACCGCGACCUUGUGGCCUCAGAGGUCGUUCAUUGGGACCGUGGGGAGACCCUCUAACCUGUUUGAGGUCCAUUGGCAUGGGCGGGUUAAACCAUGUUCUGCCAGACGGGGAGCAGCGUGCGCCGGGUCGGGCCUGGUCCGUGGGCUGAGAACCGGACUGCGAUGUUGCGGCCCUGCGGGGGGACAUUUGCGAGAAAGACGAGACUGAGUCGCUUGGGUAAUUCGCCAAAAUGACGAACACAAAGGGAAAGAGGAGAGGCACCCGAUAUAUGUUCUCUAGGCCUUUUAGAAAACAUGGAGUUGUUCCUUUGGCCACAUAUAUGCGAAUCUAUAAGAAAGGUGAUAUUGUAGACAUCAAGGGAAUGGGUACUGUUCAAAAAGGAAUGCCCCACAAGUGUUACCAUGGCAAAACUGGAAGAGUCUACAAUGUUACCCAGCAUGCUGUUGGCAUUGUUGUAAACAAACAAGUUAAGGGCAAGAUUCUUGCCAAGAGAAUUAAUGUGCGUAUUGAGCACAUUAAGCACUCUAAGAGCCGAGAUAGCUUCCUGAAACGUGUGAAGGAAAAUGAUCAGAAAAAGAAAGAAGCCAAAGAGAAAGGUACCUGGGUUCAACUAAAGCGCCAGCCUGCUCCACCCAGAGAAGCACACUUUGUGAGAACCAAUGGGAAGGAGCCUGAGCUGCUAGAACCUAUUCCCUAUGAAUUCAUGGCAUAACAGGUGUUAAAAAAAAAAAAAAUAAAGGACCUCUGGGCUACAAAAAUGUU